CACUCAUGGACAAAAUCUCUGUGGAUCCGUAGCAGCGCCUGGUUCGAUAGCCCUCCAGCUUUGGAAGGUGGGCAGUGGCCCAGAGAGAACAUGUCAACUAAUGGGAAAUCACCCCAGAGAUUCCCUGCCCUGAUUCCAGGAGAACCUGGCAGAUCAUUUGAGGGGUCCGUAUCAUUCGAGGAUGUGGCUUUGGAUUUCACCCAACAGGAGUGGCACAGACUGGAUCCUGCCCAGAGGACAAUGCACAAGGAUGUCAUGCUGGAGACCUAUAGCAACUUGGCAUCUGUGGGCCUCUGCAUGGCUAAACCAGAGAUGAUCUUCAAGUUGGAGCGAGGAGAAGAGCUGUGGAUGUUAGAAGAGGAGUCCUCGGGCCAUAGUUAUCCAGAAUCUCUCUCAGUGCUGUGUGGCAGCAGUUCUGCUGGGGGUAAUGUCCUCAGGUACAAUACCGAUCUUCUUCAGCAUCAGAAGAUGCAAACUUUGGAUCAGAAUGUUGAAUAUAAUCGCUGUGGGAAAGGCUUCCAUGCAAAAACAGGCUUUGUCAGACAUAAAAGAAUUCACACAGGAGAUAAAAACUUUGAAUGUCAUGAAUGUGGGAAAGCUUAUUGCAGGAAAUCAAACCUCAUUGAACAUCUCAGAAUACACACGGGGGAGAAACCCUACGAAUGUGGCGAAUGUGCAAAAACUUUCAGCGCAAGAUCAUACCUCAUUGCUCACCAGAAAACUCAUACAGGGGAGAAACCCUUUGAAUGUAAUGAAUGUGGGAAAUCUUUCGGCAGGAAGUCACAACUCAUUCUACACCGGAGAACACACACAGGAGAGAGACCCUAUGAAUGUACUGAAUGUAGGAAAACCUUUUCUGAGAAGGCAACCCUCACGAUUCAUCAGAGAACUCACACAGGGGAGAAACCCUAUGAAUGUAGUGAAUGUGGGAAAACAUUUCGUGUAAAGAUAUCCCUUACUCAGCACUUGAGAACUCAUACAGGGGAGAAACCCUAUGACUGUGGGGAAUGUGGGAAAAACUUUCGUGCAAAGAAAUCUCUAAAUCAGCAUCUAAGAAUUCACACUGGUGAGAAGCCCUAUGAAUGUGGUGACUGUGGGAAAUUCUUCCGAAUGAAGAUGACGCUCAAUAAUCAUCAGAGAACCCACACAGGUGAAAAACCCUAUCAGUGCAAUCAAUGUGGGAAAUCUUUCAGGGUGCACUCAUCUCUAGGGAUCCAUCAGAGAAUUCACACAGGAGAGAAACCUUAUGAAUGUAAUGAAUGCGGUAAUGCCUUCUAUGUGAAAGCACGCCUCGUUGAACAUAAGAGAAUGCAUUCAGGAGAGAAACCCUAUGAAUGUAGUGAGUGCGGGAAAAUCUUCAGUAUGAAGAAAUCCCUGUGUCAACACCGACGAACUCACACAGGAGAGAAACCUUAUGAAUGUAAUGAAUGUGGAAAUGCCUUCUAUGUGAAAGUACGCCUCAUUGAACAUCAGCGAAUUCACACGGGAGAGAGACCCUUUGAAUGUCACGAAUGUGGGAAAGCUUUCUGCAGGAAAGCACACCUCACAGAACAUCAGCGAAUUCACAUAGGCAGGUCUUUAACUUGUAUGAUGGAGAAAGCCUGUCCCUGAAAAUUCCCCUCACCAUUGGGUCAAACUCCUUGGGGUAUCUGACCAACAGGGCACACAGAGUGCACAUGUAACCAUUGGCACCUACAUUGGUGCAAAAGUAAGUCCUGAUCCCCCAAGGGGAUAGCCUAUUAUUGUUUUCAUUUGGAUUUCUGAAAUUAGUCAUGAAGUUUAAUGUCUUAUCUGCUGAUUGGCCAUGGUAGGUUUUUUCUUCUUUGCCCUGAGUGUUCAUCAU